GAUCGGGUCGACGAACGCGGAUCCGGCAGUACAACUCCGCUUAACGUCUGUGUGAACGGGCUGCGCGCUAAGUCUCCAACGGCAGCGCCAAACUACUUGGAGCCGAGCGCAGAGGAACGGAAAGAAUUCUGUGUGUGUGUGUGCCUCAACCUUCAGUUACAUAAGUGCAAAGUAAAAUAAAAGAAAAAACUUAUUUUCGAAUCAGAUUACGAUUCUGAUUUGGUGUUCAAAAAUAAUAUUUGUGUGCAACGUUAAAUAAAUAAUAACAUUAUAUAAGAAGUUAACUUCGGGAAGRCAGUGAAUUAAGAAAGGAGAAUAAGAGAUUUGCAGCUUUCGCAGCGAGCAGAUGUUACAGUUAAACGCACAAACCAAACUGUAUGCCAAUAUCUGUAGCAACCACAAAAAACAUAACAAAAUUUCCACCAGUUCUGUGUUUCUGACGCGCGCACGCCGCACCCACAGCCAACGGCACGACAAUAAAGCAGGCGCCGCCGCCGCCACAACCAUUGCCAGAGUCAACGUGUCACAUAGCUGCUGAGGGUACGCCCCCGUGCGCCAAAACGCUUAGCAACAACAACAACACUGCCAUCGCCAACAGCGCCACCGCCACAGACAACAAAAUGCCGAUUUGCAAUAAGCCCGCGCAGGCGACAAAAAACGUCGCCGAAUUCGAUGACUACGCCUCAGAGGCUGCCAAAAUGAAGCGCACACGCGAACAGGCCUACUUCAAUUCGUACAAUUUCGACGCAAUCCAUCCCUAUGACCAGGACGAUAUCGAAGCCAUGGAGGCUCAAGGUGUCCACAAGGUAGUCGGUGUUUCGGCUGCUGCUGUUGCAACACACGCAAGUGCAAUCACUGCCACAAAAGUGCCGCCCAUUGUUGGUGGCAGCAAUAGUCAGAAUCMACAACAACAACAACAAUUACAAAAGCCACACAAUACGCUUAAGACGAUUUAUCGCGCUGCCUCGUCCAUCGCCUCGUCGACGCCGAGCACACGCAGCAGCUUUCAACACAGCAGCAGUAGCGGGCGCAGCAGCAUUGCUGACGAUGUGAAUAAUAUUGAUGCUGUAGGCUAUAUGCGUCGCCCGCAACCUGCCGGCGAACUGACCUACACGUAUAUGCAACGCUUCGGUGUGCGUUUGGUGCGUUCGCGCAAUGCUUCGCCGUCGCCGGAUUUGGAGCGCACCAGCCCAGAGGGUGGCAGUGGAGGAGCUGCCAUCGCGCCAGCCGAAGACUUAGUGUCGGUGCAUACGAAGAAGGGUGGCGCAACCGAGGCGUCGGAGAAUGGCAAUUUUCUGCUGCCACGCGCCAUGCUGAAGUACCAAAGUGUUGGCAAUGCGAAUUCAAUGCCAUUGGCAGUCAACAGCAGUGGACGCGCGGACAAAUUACUGCAAAAUGGCCAUAACCAUCAACAGCUGAGCGGCAACAACGAAAGCGGCUAUAAUAAUAAUAACAACAGCAACCACCACAACAACAACAGUGCCAGUUACAAUAAAUACAAUAAUAGCAACAACAACAGCAGCAGUAAGACAAUGAUGAUGACCACCAAUGCCAUUUGCAACAAACACAGUAACAACAACAACAAUGAUAGUAACAACCACAGCAACAGUAGUAGUAGUCUUAGCAGUAACAAAAGUAACGCUACUGCGAAUAUAGCCAACACCAAGCCGAUAAACAACAGCAAUAGCAAAAGCAACAACAACAACACCUCCACCACCACCAAUAGCCAUAUAGCUACUAAAAACGGGCUAAACUAUGCGAACAGCAAUGAUGGUUACGCCAGUUUACUAGUCGCCAGCGACGUUGCUAGCACAGCGCCUUUCAGAGUGGCAACGGCCGCGAAGACGCCAACAGCUGCAACAGCAAAGGCUAAGACAACAACAGGCGUGCCAAAAGCAACGGCCACAGCACCGGGUGCAGCCGUGCGCGUCAAGAAACAGUCUACCAGUUCAACAAUUACAACAACAACAACCUCGUCCARCGUAAGCGCAGCCGAACACAACGAAACGACCACGCCGGCAACGACUGCGACGGCAGCGGUUGCGACGCCGCCACGAGGCAACGGCAACAGCAAAGUCAGCCAAACGUCAAAAAGUGGUGAUACCAAGUCGGCACAGAGUGGUAGCGUUGAGCGUCGCGGACGCACCAGUUCACAUCAGUCGCACUAUUCGACGGACAAAAGCGGCUCGUCCGGUUACUACAGUUCGAACGUUUGCUCUACAUAUUCACUGGACGAGCAUAUCUAUUGCGAACCGGUUAUAGAUAUCCUAGACGUGAGUCGCACGGGUGCUGGUGCUAACGGCGCCGCUGGUAAGGCUAGUAAAAGUGCACGCUCCGAGUGUACGAAUACAAAAGCCAACACCAAUAGUGGUGAUAAUAGUAAAAUUAAUCAAACAACAAACGAAAUGAGUAGCAAAGGUGGUGGCGCAACGAAACGGUGUUACGGGCGACGCAACGCGACAGCGGUGGCAAGUCGUAAAGGCGAAAGUGGAAUUGCGGGUUGUAGUGAGCUGGACGGUGAGGAUGAUUGUGAUGGUGAUGCAGAGGAUGAGUCUGCGGCGGCCAUGGUGGCGCGUCGUGGUAACAGCAAGAGUGGACGCAAGUCCCAGGCAGUCGCAGAGACUACCUUCGGCGCGGAUAAAAUACCGGCUAGCUUACAGUUCUUAUUAAAACGACAGACCUCCGAUGAGAAUGCCAACUCACAGCACUUCAGCGAGAAUCUGCGCAUACUCGAGACGAGCAUAGAAAAUCUCGAUCGUCAUUUAAAGAAUUUUCCAAGUCUGAGUUCGCAUGAACACAUCGCUGCAUUUGUACAGGCACAUCAUCAUCACCAUCAUCAUCAUCUUGCUUACCUGCAAACGCCGUCGUCCGUAGAGACGGGCGAUAAGUUGGCUACGCGCGUGCCACCGCAUGUGACGCAACAUCAAUUGCCCACCAUUAUGGAAGGUUACGAUCCCGCCAAUCAACCACGUCGUUCAUGGCCCGAUGACAUGGUGGAUGAUUCGCUGCUCGACAUUGACCUCGACUCAUUUCUGCUAGUCAACGAACGUAAAGCCGGCGGUAUUGGCAAGUCGACACGUAAGUCGUCGCUGCAUGCUGUUGGUGGCAUCGACAAUCCCACUUUUCUCACCGAGGAGCAGGAAGAGGAGAAUAAUUACAAGUGUGCAAAAUAUAUCAAUUCCUGCCCGGAUGAUGCGUAUCAUGUCGAAAGUGAUAUAGUUGGUGGUACUGGCACCGUCUCGGAGAAGUCCGUCUCGGUGGCCGAUCAUUAUAUGAAACGUUACGAGGAUCAGCUACACUUUCAGAGCACACGUGAACUGCUCGAAGAUGUGCGCGAUAAAAUACGUUUGCUCUCGCAGGCGAGCGGCAACACCAGCCGCAGUGGCAGCGCCAAAACGCAUAGUCCUGAAAGGUCAUUGAGUGUGACCACACCCACCGAACAAUUGCCGCGCGAAUUGGAGGGCAUGAUCAAGACGCUGAAAACCGAACUAGAAAACUAUUUAGAUCGCAUGAAUCAGCAUAGUGAAUUGGAGAUACGCCAACUGUGUAGCGGUCUUGUGCGUAAUCACAAUAUCGUCAAAAUGACGAAGGCCUUCGAACGUCGUCGCUCAACGCACAGUCUCGGUACAAUCGAAUCGGAUUACGGUUAUGUCGGCGGUAACUACGAAGCAAUUUGCGAUGGCGUGCCAACAAGUAUACGCGAACAAAUCGUGUCCAUACGCUGCGCUAGUGAUCCGAAUUUCAAAAUGAAACGCAAAUCGCUUACCGAAGUCUUUCCCGUCGCCGAUUGUUAUGCUGAGUCGGAAAAAUUGCAAACGCCCGCGACUCAGAUAGCUCAACAGCAACUACGUCCAUCGUUACCGCGUCGCGAUCGUGUGGAACAACGACAACGCGAGCAUGAUCAAAAUGUGAUCACUUUACAUGUGCCCACAACACAAUUGCAGCGUAAUUUGUCCUUCCAACAGCCGGUACUGAACAAAUUAGAUGCGAAGUCAUUGCAAGCGCCGCCGACCGACGCCGAAAUUAGCGGUAAGGGUGGUAACACGAAUGGCUCCGGUGCUGCGAACGGUAACGGUAACGGUAGUGGCGGUGAAUCCGGCGAAUCGGGUGAUAAGGAUUCCAUUCUGGAGUGGCAUCGAAAGAAGCCGAGUAUUUGGGAAAUGUACUACGGCACGAAUCGCAUGAAUCAAUCAUUGUUGGGCAAACGCAAUGGCAUGGUCACAAACAACAACAAUCAGGUCCCGAUGUCCUAUCCAUCAUCACGCCCUGAGUCCGACUUCACUUUGGACCUGCCACGUGCCGAGCAGCUACGCAUCAAAAUGGAAAAGGAAAAGAAAUUCCGGCAAAGAUGUCGCUACAUCACAACAUUUCUGAGUCUGGUCUUCUUCUUGCUCACCGUUAUGGUGGUCAGUUUGGUGUUGACGCGCGGCAAGCGCAUGUUCGGCAGCAUGAUUUAAAGCGAAAGCAGAGAAAAUUAAGARCUUUCAGUAAAAUACAAAAUUUGAGAGCUAGAUGGGAGGCAAAAUAAAAAGCGCGAAGUAAGCGAAACUAAGAUAAAAUUCAAAAUUGCAAAGACGUCAGCUUAAGAUUAUACUCGUAUACGUAAAAGCAGUUUACCUUUGACAUAUGCGCAUGUUUUAUCAAAUUUUGUUUUCGAAUUUUUGUUUAUGCGAACUUUUAUUAGAACUGUCAGAUAAAUGAGUUUCAUUAUUAUUAGUUAGCAUUUUUAUUUGAAAUUUUUAUUGAAACCAGUUUCGAUUUUGAGCUUGAUUUCAAAUUGCUUUUCAUUAAUUUUGGUUUUGGAAAAGUGUUUUUUGUGUGUUUAAAAAAUCGUUCUAAAUAUGAAAAACACACUGAAAUUAUGUACGAAAGAGUCAAAGAACGCUGGAAAUUGUGAAAAAAAUKUGUUUUGUAAGUCUGUUAUCCUUGUAAUAAUUAUGCAAAAAUUUGUGGCUUUUCAAUUUAAAUAUUUCUAUUUCUUGGCUUAAUUAAAUUUUUUUUGCA